AUGGGUAAUCUUAUUUACUUGGAGUAUUUAGAUUUGUCUGACAAUUCUAUUACUGGAGGGAUACCUUUGAGCAUGGGCAAUCUUAUCCGCUUGGAGUAUUUGUAUUUGUAUGAUAAUAAUAUUAUUGGAGAGAUACCUUCGAGCAUAGGCAACCUCACUAGCUUGACACAUUUGGAUGUGUCAUCUAAUAAAUUUUAUGGAUGUAUACCAAGUGCUUUGGGCAAUCUCGUCAAUUUGGAGGAAUUACACUUGUUUGAUAACAAUAUUUCUUGUCAAAUACCAGAAAACAUUGGCAGACUUCACAAUUUGUCGGAUUUUGAUGCUUCAAUGAAUAACUUGACAGGGCAAAUACCAUUGAGUUUGGGUGAUCUAUGCAAUUUGGAAUAUCUUGAUUUGUCCGAGAAUAAUAUUGGUGGAGAAAUAACAAAUCUACUUGAUGAUUUCUCUAAAUGUUCACAAGGAUCCAAGUUACAGUACUUCGUAAUGAGUGACAAUAUGUUCACUAGGUCAAUCUCAUCCAGUCUCGGGCAAUUAACUCAACUGGAAUUCCUGAAUAUCUCAUUCAAUUCAUUACAGGGCAACAUGACAGAUGCUCACUUCUCCCAGCUCGCCAACUUAACCAGUUUGGAUAUAUCUUAUAAUUCCUUGAAUUUGAUUUUAUCAGAUGAUUGGCUUCCUCCUUUUCAUGCUAAUCUUAUUGAUAUGAGUUAUUGUCAUUUGGGAACUAGAUUUCCUUCCUGGAUUCAAACACAAACAACUUUGAGACAUUUAUCUUUAUCUAGAGUGGAACUUUAUGGAAAUAUUCCAAGUUGGUUCUCAGAUUUCAUUUUCAAUAAUUCAGUUAUUUAUCUCGAUCUAAGUUCAAACAAUUUGAAUGGUCAAAUACCUUCUAGUCUAUCUGUCUUCAUGGAUCUAUCAAAUAACUUCUUUGAAGGAACAAUUCCAUUGAAUUAUAGAUAUUCGGGAGAGGUUCACAUAUUAUUGCUGUCUAAUAACCAUAUCAAUGGUUGUUUGCCUGCCUUCUUUUGCAAAUUGACUAUGUUAAGAGUACUACACCUAUCCAACAAUUACUUAUCAGGCGAAGUCCCAAAUUGCAAUGACUUAUAUCCAAUUAGUUUAAACUCCCUUCACAUAAAUAAUAACAAAUUGUCAGGACCAUUCCCUUCUGCCUUAAGACAUUGUGAUGAAUUAGUGACUCUUGAUCUUGGUGGGAAUAAAUUUUUCGGCGAAAUACCAAAUUGGGUGGGAAGGAGCUUUCCGUCGUUAAAGUUUCUUCGUUUGAGCUCAAACUCAUUCGAUCAUGUUAUUCCUGCAAGUAUAGGAAGUCUUACUUCCCUCCAAGUUUUGGAUCUUUCAUUCAACAAUCUUAUUGGCAGUAUACCUUCCUCUAUCUCAAAUUUCAGUUCUAUGGUUGUGAAGCAAAACUAUACUGAUCUAUUGUAUGUUAGGAGCUACCACCAAGCACCUUGUGCUUUUGUAAAUCAGUUAUAUCGGUGUGCGGGUGUGGUAAAUAGCUUCAAGGAUAACAUUAUAAUAAAUGCAAAAGGUUCAACCAAUGAUUACACUAAUGCUCUUAGUGCAGUGGCAAGCAUAGACUUAUCAAACAAUAACCUUUUUGGUGAGAUUCCAAAAGAGAUCACGAAGCUGCAUGGAUUGUACUUCCUCAACUUAUCUAAUAACCAUUUGACAGGAAGGAUUCCAGAAAAUAUUGGUGUUAUGAAGGAAUUAGAGUCUCUUGACUUGUCAAUGAACAAUCUCAUGGGAGGAAUUCCUUUUAGCCUAUCUGAUUUAUACUUUCUUGGUUCCUUGAAUCUCUCCUACAAUAACUUGUCAGGAAAAAUCCCAACAGGAGGUCAAUUGUCAACCUUCAAUGACUCGACCUAUGUUGGCAACAAGGGCCUUUGUGGUGCACCACUUCCAGAGUGUCCCAAUGAUGAAGCAAAUCAUUCACCAUACCAAGCAGAAGAUGAUGACAAGCUUGAAAGAGUUCUAGAUUAUGCUAUUAUUGUUAUAGGAUUUAUAGUUGGAUUCUGGACAUAUUUGGGCGUAAUAUUCAUUAAAAAGACCGCAAGGAUUACUCUCUUUCGGAUGGUGGACAAUAUGUAUGACUGGAUGUAUGUGCAUCUCUCAUUGAAGUUUACAAAGCUGAAGUUGAAAUGGCAAGAAAAGAGUUUAAGCACUUGA